AUAGAGGAGACUCAGCCAGUGUAGAUCAGACUCACUCUACACAGAGAGAUCUACAGCACUGAGAUACAGCCAUGACUCCUGCAGUCACUUCAGCAAUGACCAUCUCAAAGGAGCACCUACCUCUCAACAACAAGUUGAGAAAGCCAGUGGUGGAGAAGAUGCGCAGAGAUCGUAUCAACAGCAGCAUUGAGCAGAUCAAGACUCUCCUGGCUCCAGAGUUCCUCAACCAGCAGCCCGACUCCAAGCUGGAGAAAGCAGACAUCCUGGAGAUGACGGUCAGCUUCCUGAGACGACAGCAGAAGCAGCAACAGCCUGCAUUCUCCACCGACUCAGCAGCUAUCAGUCAAGGCUUCUCUAGAUGUGUCCAUGACGUUGUGCACUUCCUGUCCAAAGAAGAAGUGAAGACACAGUCUCAGAGAAAACUGCUGAACCACUUCCAGAACCUGCAGCCAUCAACAGAAGAGAAAUGGAGGGAAAGUGUUCAGCCUAUGCUGAGCUCUGCAGACCAACUGACCAUCAGCAAAGAGAAGAGUUCAGUUCAGAGCGCCCUCUGGAGGCCCUGGUAGAAGUCUCAAAACUAGAGAGACCAUGUAUGGACUUUGCUUCAACUUCUGCAUGAGCAGAACCAUAACUCGGUUGUUGAAACGUAAUGUUUUAUUAUUGCCUUAUGGCAAUAAGCUUAUACCUUUCAGUUUUGAGAAAGUUCAGGAAAAAUUUAAGACUUUCUUUUUUUAAAGACUUUCUAACCAUGAAUAAUAUAAAUGCUUUAUUGUUUGAAAGCAAUUUACAUUUCUGUUUUAGGAAAUUAUGCCAUCCUUCUCAUUUCUGGGAAUCCCCUUUAUAUGCAAAAAGUACUUGUACUUUAUGCUGGAAUCAUUUACUCCACGAGUCAAGAUUCUUUUACUUAAUUUGACCUUCAGUAUGAAGGUGCUUGUAAUAUCUUCCACUAUGUGGUUCUUCUUUUUGAUGCCCAUUCACACUGAAUAAUCUGUAAAGAGGAAAUAUGUAAUCUUCUAUGAAGUUAAAUACAGGAAAUAUACAAAUGAAAUCAAUUGACUUCAAAUGUUAUAGAUGACAUUGCAUCAGUGUCUUUAUGUGUACUGCAUUGUUUGCACUGCUGUUCAGUUUAUAUUAACUCAAAUUGAGUUUUCAAGUACUAGAUGACAUUGUGUCAGUGUUCUGGUGUGUGUUGCAUUGUCUGCACUGAUGUUCUGUAAAACAAUGCUUAAUGUCUCACAUUUGAGACACAAUAAAUCAUUUA